GAUUGGCAGCUUUUGGAGGAUGGGGACCUAACAGUUGGAGACCGGGGAACCCCGCUGAGCGCAGGGCAGAAAGCCCGAAUCAGCCUCGCAAGAGCCGUGUAUCAGGACGCGGACAUCUACCUCCUGGACGACCCGCUCAGCGCUGUCGAUGCAGGAGUCAGCAAGCACCUGUUUGAACAGUGUAUCCGCCAAGCCUUGUGUGAGAAGAUCACAAUCUUAGUGACCCAUCAGCUGCAGUAUCUAAAGGAUGCAAGUCAGAUUCUGAUAUUGAAAGAUGGCAAAAUUAUGAAGAAGGGGACUUUUGCUGAGUUCCCAAAACCUGGGGUAGAUUUUGAAGAUAUCCCUUUAAAGGAGAAGGAGGCUGAACCACCUCCAGUUCCAGACUCUCCCACUCCGAGUCAGGCCUCUGAAUCUUCUGUUGAGUCUCAAGAGAAUCCCAGACCCUUGUUGGAAGACGCUGCUCCUCAGGACCAAGACGCUGAGAAUAUACGGGUUACACUGUCACUGGAGAGCCGUUCAGAUGGAAAAGUUGGUUUUAAGACCUACAAGAAUUACUUCAUAUCUGGCGAUAACUGGUUUAUCAUCAUUUUCCUUAUUCUAGUAAACAUCGCAGCUCAGGUGUCCUACGUCCUUCAGGAUUGGUGGCUCUCAUCCUGGGCAAAUGGACAGAGUUCCCUGUAUGCCAUUGCGUAUUUAAAAGGAAAAAUAACUUUCAUACCUGAUCCUGUCUGGUACUUAACAGCUUAUUCAGUUCUAACUGUGGGUACCAUCCUUUUUGGCAUCACAAGGUCUCUGUUGAUGUUCCACAUCCUUGUUAAUUCUUCACAAACUUUUCACAACAAAAUGUUGGAGUCCAUUUUGAGAGCCCCGGUCUUGUUCUUCAAUAGAAAUCCAACAGGAAGAAUUUUAAAUCGUUUCUCCAAAGACACUGGGCAUAUGGAUGACUUGCUGCCCCAGAUAAUUCAAGAUUUCAUGCAGACAUUUCUCCUUGUGAUGGGUGUGGUGGGUGUGAUGGUGGUGGUGAUUCCUUGGACUGUGAUACCCUUGAUUCCACUUGGCAUCAUCUUCUUUGUUCUUCGGAGAUAUUUCUUAGAGUCGUCACGAGAUGUGAAACGCCUGGAAUGCGCAACUCGGAGCCCGGUCUUUUCCCACUUAGCAUCUUCUCUCCAGGGACGCUGGACCAUCCGGGCGUUCACAGCGCAACAGAGGUUUCAGGAGCUGUUUGACACUCACCAGGAUUUGCACUCAGAGGCCUGGUCCUUGUAUUUGACCACAUCCCGAUGGUUCGCCCUGUGCCUGGAUGCCAUCUGUGCCAUCUUUGUCAUUGGUGUUGCCUUUGGGUCCCUAUUUCUGGCAGAAACUUUGAAUGUCGGGCAGGUGGGCCUGGUGCUGUCUCUCGCCCUCACGUUCAUGGUGAUGGUCCCGCGGUGCGUCAGGCAAAGUGCCGAAGCCGAGACUAUGAUGAUUUCAGUAGAAAGAGUGACUGAAUAUACAGACCUUGAGAAAGAAGCACCCUGGGAAUAUGAGUAUCGUCCACCGCCAUCCUGGCCCCAUGAAGGAAGCAUUGACCUUAGUAAUGUGAGCUUCAGGUACAGCUCAGACGGGCCUCUGGUACUGAUGGACCUGACAUCAUGGAUUCCCCGAAGAAGCAAGGUUGGCAUUGUAGGAAGAACAGGAGCUGGAAAAAGUUCCCUCGUCUCGGCCCUUUUCAGAUUGUCAGAACCCAAUGGUAAAAUUGGGAUUGAUGGGAUCUGGACAGCCAACAUUGGACUUCACGAUUUAAGGAAGAAAAUGUCAGUCGUACCUCAGGAACCUGUUUUAUUCACUGGAACAAUGAGGAAAAAUCUGGAUCCCUUUCAUGAGCAUACGGAUGAGGAACUGUGGAAUGCCUUAGAAGAGGUACAACUUAGAGAAGACAUCACAGGUCUUCCUGGGAAACUGAAUACUGAAUUAGCAGAAUCAGGAUCGAACUUGAGUGCUGGACAGAGACAACUGGUGUCCUUUGCCAGGGCUAUUCUCAGGAAAAAUCAGAUAUUGAUUAUUGACAAAGCCACAUCCAAUGUGGAUCCAAGAACUGAUGAGUUAAUUAAGAAAAACAUCCAUGAGAAAUUUGCCCAGUGCACUGUGUUAACCAUCACAAACAGGUUGAGCACCGUUAUUGACAGUGAAUGGGUGAUGGUUUUGGAUUCAGGGAGACUGGAAGAAGAUGAUGAGCCAUCUGAUUUGCUGCAAGAUGAAGACAGCCUAUUUUGCAUAAUGGUGCAACACCUGGGGGAGGCCGAGGCUGCUGCCCUCACUGAAACAGCAACACAGGCGCACAUGGGAAGGAAAUAGCCAGAAAUCACUCACAAUGGCCACAUGGUUCUGAACGUUUCCAGUGGACGGGCCUCCGCCUGAACAGUGUGGGGACAGCACUGUGAUCCUGCCGUGAGGGCAGGUGUGCUCCAGAGGCAUUUCUCCAAGUUUUUGCACUGCAUAAACUGUAUUGUACUGUUUUUAUACCAGCAACAGAUAUUUACACAUACAGGAUGUUAGUUUAUUUGGAUUUUUUUCCCUUCCACCCUCCAAGCUCUUAGAAAAAUGAUUUGUUAUUUUUAUUUAUAUGUUACACUAUUUUUUUCUUAUCCAAAUCAGAGGUUCAGGCCACCAAUAAAAGCUGUCUCUCAGGUUUUGUGCCUCGAGAAACUCCAGAGCCAAAGCUCAUUUUCUAAGAUAUAAGACAAGCUUGUCAGAGAGGGUUUUUUUACUGCUCCCCACCCCUGCCCCACCAAUUACAUCCUACUUUCUGGUUGUAUCAGGGAUUCUGUUCACUUGAAGACUGUGUAAAGUUGUCAUUUUCACUCAUUUCUUCCUUUAACAGAACUAGGACCCAUUAUUCCACCCAACUACUUCAUAGGAAAAACAAAAAAAUGUAUACUUUAGUUUGUGACAUUAUAGAAGAGAGGUGUCCCAUCUCCAAAAAAUAAAGAGAUAUAUGGUUAAAAUACAGAAGGACACUCUUUAUAUGAUCUAAAAGAGAAUGAAGAGAAAAUAUGCUUCUCAUAGCAAAUCCUUCUAGGGGAUUUGAUAAUGAAGGACACACGUGACUGAUUGUCUUCUAGAUGGAGGGUUUUAUUUUUUACGCUUUUAUUGUGGUAAAAUGUAUUUAAUGUAAAAUAAGCCUACAAUUCAGAAGCAUUAAUGGCAUUAACGGUGUUGUGCAACAAUCAAUGUCUAGUUAAUUUUUGGUAAUUAUUUUAGUACUAUUCA